UCUUUUGGCCUUUUCUAGGGGGUGGGGAUUUGAAGAGAACACACUGUUGUGGGGCAAGAGUAGCAAAAAAACUGAAGUUUUGCGUAAUAGAAAAUUGCUUUUUCCUGUUAGGGAUUGAACAAAAUAAUGCCUACGAAUUUUCCCGGUGCGGAAACGUAGUUACGUAGACCCAGUUUCGAAGAUCCUUGGGAUAGUUCUCAAUUCAAAGUCGAAGACUACGUUGUUCUUCAGCCUGUUAGUUGCCAAUCGAUCUCAGUUGCCCUUUCUAUCUCAAAUGGCUCUGUUAGGCUCAAUUAUGCCGAGCGAGGUUGGCUUGCGCUUGCUUCUUUGCCCCCUUGGUUCCAACAUUGUUGUCCGAACAGCUUGCUGUUCGGUGGGGGUUGUUUUACCUGUUUACUCUACGUUUAAAGCAAUUGAGACAAAAAACCAAAAUGAGCAACAAAGAUGGCUUAUUUACUGGGCAGCUUUUGGGUCUUUUAGUAUUGCUGAAGUUUUUACCGACAAAAUUAUCUCGUGGUUUCCACUCUAUUACCACAUGAAGUUUGCAUUUCUUGUUUGGCUUCAACUUCCAUCCACUGAUGGGGCAAAGCAUUUGUAUAUGAAUCAUCUGCGUCCAUUCCUUUUGAGGCAUCAAGCUAGGCUUGACCAAAUUUUGGGGUGUUUAUACGGUGAAAUGGCUAAGUUAACAAGUGCACAUCAAGCAGAAAUACAAUUUGCAAAGACACUUGUUAUGAAGAUUUUGGUUUCAGCAAACCAAAUGGCGAGCGAUAUCUUUCACCCAGUGCAGAGACAGGCUAAUAGUGCAAUUGAAGGUCCAACAACACAAGUACAGAGGCAAGUUAACGAUGUGGUCGAAGACCCGACAACACAAGUACAGAAUUCCGAAUCAGACAAUGACGAAUGAUAUGGUCUAUUAUAUGAUUAGCAGAUUUCCUCCACCACCUUAUAGAUUAGAAUCAUAUUUUACAAUUUUCCUGUGCAUAUUAUGGCUGGCAUUUAACGUCUAAACGGUAUUACUCUGGGCAAGAGGAGAAGUUCUACAUCAAGCUAUGAGCUCCACUUUUUAUUUUUUGGUAGUAAACUUGGAUUCAGUUGCUUGUCCAAUUUGUUUCAACAUUAGUUUGUAAAUGGGAUAUUUUGGCUGUUAAAAUAUCUGCAAUAGUCUAUUAUUUGUAGUGUAUCAACGCUACAUAUUUUUUUCAAGGAUUAAUGAGUCAAAUUUGAAAACUUAA